AUGGGAAAGAUUACUAUUUUUUCACAGGACGAUUGUCGACAUUGCAAACGAGUCAAAGCAGCAUUGUAUACUCGUGGUAUUCAAUUUCAAGAAAUCAACCUGACAAAGUAUCCCGAGAAGCGAAAUGAUAUGCUAUCCUUGAGCAAUCGCCUGACAGUUCCACAAGUCUUUGUGAAUUACAAUCACAUCGGAGGGGCAGAUGCAACAAUGAACUUAUUGGCGUUUUGGGAUGAGAGCGGGCAAUUGGCGUAUCUCAAUGAGCCCGAUCCGAGUGACCCACGCUUGGACGUUCCAACCUAUCCGCCCAAGGAAGAAACCAAACCAGCUCCCGAUCGGAGCACGCAGACGAUGAUUGAGAUCCCAGGCAGUGAAGAGAAGAAGGGUGUCUUGGAAAUGAUGGAAGCUAUGAAAUUCAUAUUACCAGCUGCUGAUUUGAAAUAUGGCGUGAAAAAGUAUCGAAAUGCGUUUACUGGUGCCCAGGCUGUCAAAGUUUUUCAGAAGUGUUAUCAGUUGAAGUCGCCCGAAGAAGCCGUAGCGUUUGGGGUCCUGCUACAGUCUCAUCGAAUUCUAGACCAUGUCGUCGGAGAGCAUACUUUUCAAGACACAGAGGAUUAUUUUUAUCGACUGACGUGCUAUCAAACGCCGAACAUCUUGAACAGCUAUCGUGUGUGGAAUGAAGCGGUGGAUCCCGAUCCGAUUCGAUUGGUGAAAGGCCUGACGGCAACCUUGAACAAAAUUCUUUCACAAUACACAAGCGACAAGACUGGCAAAGUAGAUUACAAGAGGGCUGGAUUAGACAGGUCAAUGACCGCCUUUGAAGAAGCAUCCUGCGAGUUGCAGGCUGUCAACUUGCGGGAAAUGUCGAAAGAUACCAAAAUGGCCUUCUGCAUCAACCUAUACAAUCUGAUGAUCAAAUAUGCUUUUGUCAAGGUUGGAAUUCCCAGCUCCAAUGUAGAUCGCGUUGCGUUUUUCACCAAAGUUCAAUUCUACAUUGGAUCCGAUUUGUUUUCCUUUCAAGAUUUGGAGAAUGGCAUUCUGCGUGGGAAUCGAAAGGCACCUUACUCUUUGACACCACAGCUCGGCAGCGAUGAUCCAAGAUUACUACUCAGCAUGGACAAUGUGGACUGCAGGAUCCAUUUUGCAUUGAAUUGUGGUGCGACAUCCUGUCCUCCUGUAAAGAACUUCACCAAAGAAGGGAUCCACGAGGAGCUGAGGAUUGUGUCUCAGGCAUUUUGCGAAGGUGCGGAACAAGUUAAGAUAGACAUAGGAAAGAAUACGGUCCAUCUGUCGAAAAUCUUCAGUUGGUACUUUGAAGACUUUGGAAGUUCGAAUAUGGAGUUAUUGCUAAUGGUCUCGGGGUUUCUGCGGGACGAAAAGAAAGAAUCAUUGCAGUCUUUGUUCGAGGCCUCUAGUAGUGUCAAGAUCAAGUACAAUAACUAUGAUUGGUCUACCGAUGCCAGUGAUUCGCUUGUGUUUUCCGCUGGAAAUGUAAAGGCCAACCCUUUUCGAUCAUUGUUCAAGAAAUAA